CAUUGACGGUGCUCGUGGUUCAGUGCAGUUUGCUUGUUUUUUGCGAGAAGGCUCACACGGAGAGCUUGUAGCGACGACGGAGAGCUUUUCCAAAUAUGCAUAAAAGUUAGGUGUUUGAUUUGCAUCGAAAUAAACUCUAAGACAACACCGUACAUUGAAUUUUGUGUGCAAGCCGCUCUGGUGUGAUAAAGGAGAGAAAAAGUCACCGAAUCAAAGCACAUUCCAUUGAAAGUGAAUGGAUCUCUCAGUGCUGUGUUUCUCCAUCAAAAUUCAAAGUGUUUGAGUGAAUUUAUUGAUUUUUUUUACAUAAUUUGCCCUCACCUGCACAAAGAAAAGUUCGCAUAACUUUUUAAAGGUAUUUUUCAAAUAAAAAUUUUCCAACAUCUCUUCAUCACGCUUAAACACUGCAUUGUGGGAGCUUUUUGGGGUGAAGAGUGCAAGGAAAAUAGCACAUCGUGCAAUAGCAGCAUCAAUGUGAAUGCCAUAAAAGAGGCAAGAAAAAAUAAAAUAUAAAAUGAAUGGAUAAGUGUUGGAAAAAUUAUUGAUUCACUCUCAAACCGUGUGCUCAAGCCCUUGCCCCAAUUUAUAUCUCUCUCUCGCUCCACUCUCAUUCAUCUCUUGCACAAAACCUCGCCGAGCAUCAGGUUUGGAAAACGAUAAAUUUUCACCUGGCAAACAUCUUCGCGCAGGAGAAUUUUUAAAAAGCAUAAUUUAGUGUGUGUUUUGUGCAUGUGAGAGAGUGUGUGGAAAAUGUAAGUGGGUGGCCUUAUGUUGCAUUUGUAAGAAUAUAGUAAUAAAAAAAAAGUGAAAUCAUCCCAAGGAAUUUCCUUCAGCGAUUUUUCUUUCAUACCUUUUGCAAAAAAAUAAAUUUCCUCUGUUUAAGAACAGAUACCAACCAGGUGAGAGUAUAAACAUUCGAGUGUGAUAAACUGUCUGUACGCACAUGUGAAAUAUAUAUUCUAUAUAAAAUCAUAUACAAUCCGGAAGAGAAGAAGUUGCAGAGCAAGGAAAAUUGUAUCAUAUGGGUGGCAGGCAAGAUGUAAUUGCAACGAUCAAUUCGCAACCUGUCUUAUGAGAGUCACAUUUGUCCUCGUGGCUUUUAGUACCUGCUUCUCUCACUCAGAUUAAUUCUAUACUCUGUGCGAAAUACCUCGAAUAUGGUUAUUAGUUACCUCUCGGCACACAAAUGAUACACAAAGAAUCAUACGCACAAAUGCUUCAGCUGUCUCACACAAAGUCAAUAUUAUGUCGAUAGAGCGAUUUAGAAGUGAGGUGGAAAAAAAGAAGAUAAAUAAAUAGAAAAUCAGAGACACGUGCAAAUUGGAGCGCCGAUUUGGACAAUUGGCAAAAGUUAAUAGCAAAAACCUCUUUGCAAAUUAACUGAGCAAAUAAGAAGUCCAUCAAUAUACACAGCACUCCCCUCAAAGAGACGCGCGUGCACAUUGAAAUAAAAUGAUUUGGUGCUACUUGAUUGGAGCUGCUCUCGGUGGAUUCCUCCUUGCCCAUGGUAUCCUCGAGAUUCACUACUUUCUUCGAAUGUGCCUAGCUGUUUGUCUGGCUAAAUGCUUCAAGAAGAAAGCCCAUAUAAUGGACAUGACUUCAGUUACCGGCCUGUGCAUAACAACGGACAUUGACACGCUUCUCUUUCACAUGAACAAUGCUCGUUACUUUAGAGAAUUAGAUUUUGCCAAAGCAGAUUUUUACGAAAGAACAGGACUCUACAGGACAAUUAAGAAGAAAGGAGGAUCAAUAUUUCAGGGUGCAGCUACAAUUAGAUACCGAAGAUUCAUCAAGACUUUUACACGCUUCAGAAUCACAACGAGGAUCGUCUAUUGGGAUGAAAAAUCAAUAUUUAUGGAGCAUAAAUUCAUCUCACCGUCUGAUGGUUUUGUGAGAUGUGUUGUUCUAUCGCGGCAGCGGGUCGUGAAUUUGCCUGUGGAUGAUCUCAUGAAUGAACUCUUAGGGAAAACAAUGAAGAAGCAGACACCAUUCGAUAGACUGGAAAAUGGAAAUGCUGAACAUGCCAAAAUUAAGCCAAGCAUUCCACUUGAGGUGGCUAAAUGGAUGGAAUGGAAUGAAAUUUCCAGUGCUAAUCUACGAACUGAUUCAUGAAAUUCAGCCCCAGUGUGUGCCACAGCCACAUAAAAUAUAAGAAACUGCGAGGGAAUCAACAAUUUUUAUAAUCUUGCCUUCCCUCAAACAAAAAAAAACGCGCCAAAACAGCACUUAGUCGAGUCACCAAAGCCCCAGUGUGCCCUCAAACCAUGUGUCUCAACUUAAGGGGAAUAGAAAGUUUUAUUGGAGACUUUUUUUAAUUAAUUACAUUUUAAAAUCACUUUUAGAUCAUUUCUUCGAUGUUCGUUUUAAGAAUUUAAUUGACAUUAUUGAAAUAAUUUUUAAGAACUUUCUUCGGUAGGAAAAUUCUAAAUUUUAAUUCAUUACGUUUUUUGAAGAACAGACAUUUUCAAUGCCAUUUAUCUGUUUUGUUAAGGAAAAGUUCUAAAGAGUGUGAUUUGCAUUAUCCUCGUCUCCAGCAUAACUUUUUAAGCUUCUUUAAGAGCUCUCUUAAGAUCACUUUCAUUGCAAUUUUCAUGUGAUAUUAGAGAAGAUUUUAGUUUGUAAUUAUUUUCUUUAAUUUUUAAACACUUUCCGUCCACCAUUUGCACUUUAAUCAUUAAAAAGCAAUUGCCAGAGAAGAGUAAUUGCAUUUUUUUUACGGUGAAAGCGUUACCAAAAAAAAAAGUCAUUUGCAGUAAUAUAAUUAUGGAUGUACCAACAUAAAAAAAUAUCACGUCGUUUUUGUACCAAAAUAAAACAACAAUAGUGAAAAAAAAAUAUUGUGGUUGUAGAAUUAUAUAAAUUUAAGCAUAAAAAAUAUUCUGUAGUGAAGAAAAACAGAAAGAAGAAAAACGUGGAGUUUUUUUUUUGGAAACUUGCUGUAGAAGGAAAUCAAUAAAUGAUUAAUUGAAAUUCACGAAAAAAAAAUGUAAAACACGCAAAGAAGAAAUGGAGAAAAAGCUGAAUGUUGUUUUGUGAACUCAAAGUUCAGAAUAAAAUGUAAAUUGAGUGUUAAAGUGGACAAUUUAUGCGUUGAAUAAAAAAUCUGCUUGGUCACAAAGGCAA